CAGGUGGACUGAACAUCUUCAACAUAGCGAAAAAAUUCAGCAAUGCACGUUCUUCGAGUUUUUACUCUGACAUAUCAUCUUUGUUGACACUUACCUCAAGGGGAACUCAUGUCACGUUUGAGCGGGCAUCUAAUUACAGAAUCAGCGAAAAGUUCUUUGAAUUGCAUAAUCCACAAUUUAGUGGUGAACUUGGUGGAUAUCUUAGCUUUGAAAAAAUCAAAGAUCGUCAAAUAUAUGUGGAAGACAAGCUGGUGUCAGUGGGAAACUCUUCAAUAUGUCUCGCCUCAUCGAUAAUACACAAUGGGGAGGCGAUUGCCACUUUUGAGAGUCAGGUAGUGCACGUUGAUUGGAAUUCACGCAAAGCUGUCCCACUUCCUGUUUGGUUCACUGAAAAAUAUCGGGAAUUCAUGAAAAUUUCAAAGAUAAAAUUUACAACAAAUAUGAACAAACCAAACAGCUCUUAUUCAUACAGUAUCAAAGUGUCCGCAAGUGAUUUGGACAUGAAUAAUCAUGUGAACAUGGCUAUUUACCUCCGGUAUUGCUUAGAUGCAGGGUAUAUGGCAUGUAAAGAUGGCGCUUAUGAGGGUUUUGAGGGAGAUCUUUUGACAUAUAAAGUGCAGAAAUCGUCAUGUCUGUUCUUUGGUGAAAGUGUACUUGAGGCAUUGCUGUCUGUGUAUACAUGGGAAGAUAGUACACAGAAAAAUUUAAUACAUUUCCAAAUUGAAAAUAGUGAUGAGAAAUUAGUAUAUUUCUGUUCUAUGUGGUUUCAUUAAUUAGAACAUACAAGGUGGGCCCAAAAUGCAAUCCAAAUUAGCAAUAGUGUACAAUCAGAAUGGGUAACAUUUUUUCCCACCCUGUGUAACCAUAAGUUUUAAAUUCCUCUAAAGCAUUUCUUGUUUAGAAUAUUUUUGAAUAAAAAGAAAAGUCCAACAAUUCUCAAAAAGUUGUGUCCUGAGGGAAAUAUGGAUAUCUUACUGAGGGCCCAGAGGGUCCUAGGUAAGAUAACAUAUUUUCCGAGGGAUAUACUAUCCUAUAAUUCAAAACAAAACAUCACAUAACUAAUUUAUCCUAUGGCAAGUGAGGUUUCACAAGUGAAGUUUUCAGGACACCCAAAUCCAAAUUCCCCUGGAAAACAUUGCUGUUCAGUAUAGACACAGUCAAUUUGUUAGAAUUUCUUGCUUCUGUCAAAAUAGAUGCAGCAGAUGGUAGAACUUUUCUAGACCAAAAUGUUGAUGGAUUUCUCAAAAAUAAUGAGAACACUUCAAUGGUGUCCUGAAAACCUCAUUUGUGAAACCUUA